AUGGCGACCUUGGAGUCGGGGGUAUCGCUGGGCUCCGGCGAGUAUUUCGCGGACGUGUUCGUGGGGACUCCCCCCCGGCACUUCUCCGUCAUCCUGGACACCGGCAGCGACCUCAACUGGCUGCAAUGCCUACCCUGCUACGACUGCUUCGAGCAGCGGGGGCCCCUCUACGACCCCUCGCUCUCCUCCUCCCACCGCCCCGUCUCCUGCACCGAUCGCCGCUGCGCCCUCGUCUCCUCCCCGGAUCCCCCCGUCCCCUGCCGAGGAGCAGAAGCAGGAGCAUCAGCCGGCGCCUGCCCCUACUUCUACUGGUAUGGCGACCGCUCCAACACAACCGGCGAUCUGGCCCUCGAGACCUUCACCGUGAACCUCACCGCCGCCGGAGAAGGCCACCGCGUGGAGGACGUGAUCUUCGGGUGCGGACACUGGAACAAGGGCCUCUUCCACGGUGCGGCGGGGCUGCUGGGCCUCGGCAGGGGUCCGCUGUCCUUCUUCUCGCAGCUCCGCUCGCUCUACGGUGGCGUGUUCUCCUACUGCCUGGUCGACCGCAACAGCGACCUCUCCGUGAGCAGCAAGCUCCUCUUCGGGGAGGACCGCCGCCUCAUGGCCCACCCGGAGCUCAACUUCACCGCCUUCGCCGCCGGCAAGGAGAAGCCCGCCGACACCUUCUACUACGUGCGCAUCCAGGGGGUCAAGGUCGGCGGUCGCCUCCUCGACAUCCCGCCGGCGACGUGGGAGCUGACCCCCGACGGCGGCGGCGGCACCAUCGUCGACUCUGGCACCACGCUGACCUACUUCCCCGAGCCGGCGUACCGCGUCGUCCGCAAGGCCUUCCUGAGUCAGGUGAAGGGCUACCCGGUCGUCGAGGGCUUCCCAGUGCUUAGCCCCUGCUUCAACGUGUCCGGCGCAGGGAAGGUGGACCUGCCGGAGUUCACCGUCGUGUUUGCCGAUGGGACGGUGUGGAACUUCCCGCAGAGCAACUACUUCAUCACGCUGGAGCAGGGGGAGGUGGCCUGCCUGGCCGUACUGGCCACGCCGGGAACGUCCCCUUCCAUCCUCGGCAACUAUCUGCAGCAGAACUUCCACGUCGUCUACGACGCCGAUCGCUCGAGGCUCGGCUUCGCUCCGGCGAGGUGCGCUGAGGUGUAG